UGGUUACAUCACAUAUAUAUAUAUAUAUAUAGUGUGAUCGAGUUUUAUUAUUUUAUUUAAAUUAUUAUUUGUUUGUUAAAAAGAAAAAGAAAAAACAUAUUAUGGAAUGGAAUUGAAGAAACCGAGAUCGCCGAUGCACCCACAUGUUGCGACAAUGGAGAAGCGAGUGAAGUGGCCCCUUAUCCUCACCGCAACUCUAUGCGGCGUCCUCAUACUCGCGUCCCUCAACGGCACGACCCCGCUCGCGUCCGUGCUCUCGCUCGUCCCCGCGUCCCCCGCGGUGCGACGCGCCCGCACGGGGGCCGCAGAAUCCGCGGGCUCGCCGCCCAUUGGCGCGAAUGGGCGGGCGCCGCGGAUCGCCUACUUCGUGUCCGGGUCGCGGGGCGAUCUCGAGCGUCUGUGGCGGGCGCUGCGGGCCCUGUACCACCCGCGCAACAUCUACGCCGUCCACCUCGACCGGGACUCGCCCGCGCCGGAGCUGUCCGAGCUGCGCGCGCGCGUCGCGGCCGAGCCCGUGUUCGCCCGGGCCGGGAACGUGCACGUGGUCAACCGGUCAAACAUGGUCACGUACCGGGGCCCCACCAUGGUCGCCAACACCCUCCACGCCUGCGCCAUCCUCCUCCGGAUAUCCGACGGCUGGGAUUGGUUCAUCAACCUCAGCGCCUCCGAUUAUCCCCUCGUCCCUCAGGACGAUAUUUUGCAUACGUUUGCGAAGUUGCCGAGGAAUCUGAAUUUUAUAGAGCACACGAGCAAUUUGGGAUGGAAGGAGGAUCAGAGGGCGAAACCGAUAAUUAUCGAUCCCGGGCUGUACAAAUCACAGAAAUCAGACGUGUUCUGGGUCUCCCAGAAAAGAGAGCUGCCAGAUGCAUUUAAAUUAUUCACAGGCUCGGCGUGGAUGGCGCUAUCGCGCGCAUUCGUGGAGUACUGCGUGGUGGGCUGGGACAACCUGCCGCGCACCCUCCUCAUGUACUACACCAACUUCGUCUCGGCGCCGGAGGGCUACUUCCAGACCAUAAUAUGCAACACUCCCGACUUCGCUCCGACCGCCGUAAACCACGACCUCCACUACAUCUCCUGGGACGUGCCGCCGAAGCAGCACCCGCACGUGCUCUCCCUAGCCGACGCCGACGCCAUGAUCGGCAGCGGGGCGCCGUUCGCGCGCAAAUUCGCCCGCGACGACCCCGUCCUCGACAAGAUUGACGUGGAGCUCCUCGGCUUGCUGCAGCCGCUGGCAAACGGGACUGGCUUCGUCCCCGGCGGGUGGUGCGCGGGGAGCCCGCCCUGCUCCAAGGUCGGAGACAUCGGACGGCUCCACCCCGGGCCGGGGGCGAAGAGGUUAGCUGGGCUUAUUGAUCGGAUCGUCGAUUCAGAAGCCCUCAAGCAGAAUCAAUGUAUAUAAAGAGAUCACGUGCUCAUGCUAGAAGGCUUAGAGAAGAAUUUUAGUCUUUUCUAAUUUAUUAGAUGUCAAAAUUAGUGGAGAUUGGACCUCAUCAGGUAUUUUGAUAUUUUUAUAAUUAAGAGAUACAGUACGGUACAAAUUAGAGAUUCUGCUUUUAAUUCCGGCAAAUAGAACAACUAUUUUAAAAUUCAGAUUCAGAUUCAGACCAAAGUUGCAAGGAUGGACGACGCGAUUGAUGACUAUUAGAAGUUAUUGCAGCAUUGAAGGAACACUACUUUUUUUCAUGUUACCUGUAUUAGACUUUUUUGAGAAAUAUUUAGUCCCCCUUUGUUUAGAUUUGAA